UUUUUGUUUGGUGAUAAGGUUUCCAUAAUGCCUUACUAAUUUAUUUGCAAUUUGCAGGUGACAUGAAUUCCACUCCUGAACCCAGUUAUAGUUUCUAGGCUCUUACUAGCAAUAUUUUUAAUCUUCAAACAAACCUACAUAACAGUCACAUAGUUGUUUUCCUUCGUCUUUUCCUAUGGUUCAGGUUAGAUAACCUUUCAUUCUUUCUUCAUGUCCAAGUGCGAAAUCUAGUAGUUAUUAUUCUAUAUAUUAUUUCUUCUAGUUUUGAUAACCAAUUUUCUUUUGUGCUUGGUUUUCAAAUCCGAAGUUACCAACUCCACUUAACGGUUGCGUGUUGCAGUUUUCCUUGAUUCUUUCGGUAAAUCAGCACGUGGAUAUCGUUUUCGGACAGUAAUCCAAAAUGGUUCGCGGUUUUAAUUAGAAUGCAGUUCUGGUCGUGAGUUACGUGGCAGAGGGUCAGGAACACAUUCAUAAGUCAUAACAUACUUCACUGUCAUUGGUUUGUACAAGGUUACCGUUGCUGUAGUUGUCCUCGUCGUCUUAGGAAUAGGGUGCAGGGAUUGCAGAAAAAAUUGAAGGCAAAAUCGUUGUCUGGGCAUGAAUUGAUGUAUUAUGCUCCUUCAGGUCGGUUAUUAUAGUUGAGAUGGAUCUGUUUUGGGUUGUUUGGGGGGUGACGGUGCUCGCGUGUAUGGGAGUAUCGGUCCAUCCGUGUGCGGCUGUUGCAAACGUGUCAUCCACGAGACCCACUGUUGUGAACAUUGGAGCAAUCUUCAACUUCGAUUCCGUAAUUGGGAAAGUUGCUAAAAUUGCAUUGGAGGAAGCGGUGAAGGAUGUGAACGCCAAUACCAGCAUUCUACAUGGAACUAAACUUGCUCUCACUCUGCAAAAUUCUAAUUGCAGUGGUUUCAUAGGCAUGGUUCAAGCUUUGCGGUUCAUGGAGACUGAUGUGGUUGCUAUAAUAGGGCCACAAUCUUCUGUAGUUGCCCACAUAAUAUCCCAUGUUGCAAAUGAGCUUCGGGUUCCUCUAUUGUCGUUUGCAGCAACAGACCCUACUCUCUCGUCGCUGCAGUUCCCGUUCUUUGUGAGGACAACGCAGAGUGAUUUGUACCAAAUGAGGGCAGUUGCUGAAAUAAUUGAUUAUUAUGGUUGGAAGGAGGUUAUUGCACUCUACGUUGAUGAUGAUUAUGGAAGAAACGGUGUGUCUGCAUUAGAUGAUGAACUAGCUGCCAGGCGCUGUAAAAUAUCCUACAAGGAAGGAAUCAACUCUGGGCCUCAGGUUGACCGCGGCGAAAUCACGAAUUUGCUUGUGAAGGUGGCACUGAUGCAGUCUCGGGUCAUUGUUCUUCAUGCACAUGCCAAUUCUGGGUUUACGGUUUUCAAUGUGGCACGCUAUCUUGGGAUGACAGAUAGUGGUUAUGUGUGGAUAGCCACUGACUGGCUCUCUUCAGUUCUGGAUUCUGUUUCUCUCCCUUCGGAGACAAUGAAUGUUUUGCAGGGAGUGCUUGUUUUGCGCCAGCACACCCCUGAUUCGGAUAGAAAAAGGGCAUUUUUCUCUAGGUGGAACAAGUUAACUGGUGGCUCUUUGGGGUUACAUUCUUAUGGCCUCUAUGCUUAUGAUUCUGUUUGGUUGGUUGCACGUGCUAUUGAUGCAUUUUUCAUGCAGGGUGGGAUUGUUUCUUGUACCAAUUACACAAGUUUAAGAAAUGAUAGGGGUGGUGGUCUUAACCUUGAUGCAAUGAGCAUUUUUGAUAAUGGAACGCUUCUGUUGAAGAACAUAUUGCAGAGUGAUUUUGUUGGGUUAACUGGUCAAAUGAAAUUUGAACCGGAUCGAUCUCUUGUUCAUCCUGCCUUUGACAUAAUUAAUGUGGUUGGCACUGGCAUUCGUAGGGUUGGUUACUGGUCCAGCUACUCUGGUCUGUCAAUUAUAUCUCCUGAGAUAUUAUAUGCAAAGCCACCUAAUAGAUCAACUGCAAAUCAGCAUCUUCACAGUGUGAUAUGGCCUGGAGAUACAUUAUCUAAACCCCGCGGAUGGGUAUUCCCAAAUAAUGGCAGACAACUUAGAAUUGGUGUGCCUAUUCGAGUUGGUUUCAAAGAAUUUGUCGCACCAGUGCAGGGAACAGAGAUGUUUAAAGGUUUUUGUGUUGAUGUAUUUACAGCAGCAGUAAACUUGUUGCCAUAUGCUGUUCCUUACAGCUUUGUCCCCUUUGGAGAUGGCCACAAAAAUCCAAGCUACACAGAACUUGUCAACUUGAUCACAACUGGUUACUUUGAUGGUGCCAUUGGUGACAUUGCUAUUGUCACAAAUCGGACAAGGAUUGUAGAUUUUACACAACCAUAUGCUGCAUCUGGACUUGUUGUGGUAGCUCCUUUCAAGAAAAUUAAUUCUGGCGGUUGGUCUUUCCUUCAGCCAUUUACUCCUCUUAUGUGGGCUGUGACUGCUUGUUUCUUCUUUUUCAUUGGGCUAGUUGUAUGGAUUCUGGAGCACAGGAUAAAUGAUGAAUUCAGGGGUCCACCUAAACAACAAAUCAUAACCAUGUUAUGGUUUAGCCUGUCAACUCUAUUUUUUUCCCACAGAGAGAAUACCAUGAGUUCUCUUGGUCGCUUGGUGGUACUCAUAUGGUUGUUUGUAGUUUUGAUCCUCACUUCCAGCUACACUGCAAGUUUAACAUCCAUACUCACAGUGCAGCAGUUAUCUUCCCCUAUCAAUGGAAUAGAUAGCUUAAAAGCUAGUGAUGAACCUAUAGGGUUCCAAGUGGGUUCAUUCGCAGAACAUUACUUGAUUGAAGAUAUCGGAAUAUCCAAAUCUAGGCUUGUUCCUCUUGGAUCUCCAGAAGAGUAUGCUAACGCACUCCAGCGUGGUCCUAAAAACGGAGGUGUUGCUGCUAUUGUGGAUGAACGGCCCUAUGUUGAGAUCUUCUUAUCAACCCAGUGCACAUUCAGGAUUGUAGGUCAGGAGUUCACCAGAAGUGGCUGGGGUUUUGCAUUCCCUCGGGACUCCCCUUUGGCUGUGGACAUGUCAACUGCCAUUCUACAACUUUCUGAAACUGGUGAUCUACAGCGGAUUCAUGAUAAGUGGAUGACACAAAGCACCUGUAGUUUAGACAAUACUGAAAUUGAUUCAGAUCGUCUUCAGCUCAAAAGCUUCUGGGGUCUCUUUCUCAUUUGCGGGAUAGCUUGCUUUAUUGCUCUUGUAUUACACUUUUUGCAGAUUAUGUUCCAGUUAUGGCGUUCUGCUCCUUCUGAACCUGCUUCCAAUGCUAGCACAAUUUCUGGUCAUUUUCAAAGAUUUCUUUCGCUCAUUGACGAGAAGGAAAAUUCAUCACGGAGUGGAAGAAGGAAAAGGAAUGGAGAAGAAAGAUCGCUUGAAGACCAACUGGGAAGGCAGUCAAAGAGGAUACAAACAGAAACAAGUGCGGCGUUCAACUCAAACAAUUAACGCUUUGAUGUCAUUCAUUAUUAAUUGAUCUUAGCCUUAAUGCUGCUAUAACUAUACAAAUCCCAAAUUUCAGAGUUGCAAAUGUAGGAAGUUAUAGAAUUUUUCUUCUUAUAGGAUAAAUGUUGGAAUUUUUUUGGGAACCACAAUAGGGAGUCAUUGAAGAUACAUAUGAUAUAUCCUCAUGAUUGGGUAUUAUUUUUGGAAAGAACACGUGUUAUGAAGUUGUAUCACAAAGAACGUGAUAACAUUCAGUAUGUUGCAUUCUGUACAGAUAUCACUAAUGUCAAGGGACCCUCGUCCCAUCAUAUAUUACUCUUGUUUUCU